UCUGCUCCGGGCAGUUGAAAGGAUUUGUCGGAAAGUGACCUCUUGGGACGAAAAGUGAUUUCUGGGCAGAAAAUCAGUUUGGAAUAAGUGCAACAUCAGUGAAAGUGACCAGUUCUAUUUGCAUUCUAAGGAUUAACUGUGCAAGACAGCUGCAAAAUGAAAUCAAUUCUAUUUGACAACAUCCGAGCUAGGCUCGGAUCCUGUGGGACCAAAACGAUUAAAUAUUUGCUGUUUGUCUUCAAUCUCAUAUUUGCGGUAUCGGGACUAGUGCUUUUAAUCGCCGGAAUAAUAGUGCUUCUCGAUGUAAAUGACUACCAACAUUUCGUGGAGGACAAGCUUAUGGCGCCUCCCGUUGUGCUGAUCGUUGUGGGCACCUUUGUCUUCCUCGUGGCCUCUCUUGGGUGUUACGGCGCCAUAAAGGAGUCGCCAAAGCUACUGAAUGCCUUCGCUGUGUUCCUUAUAAUUGUGUUGAUCAUAGAAGUAGCCGUCGCCAUCGCAGCAGUGGCCUUCAAGUCCGACCUCCAGAAUGCCUUGGAAACACAGCUGGAGAAUUCUAUUUCCCGACGUAACAGCGCUGACAUGGCAGCGUGGAACAGGGUCCAUAAGAAGAUGAUGUGCUGUGGCAUUGAAGGGCCCAAGGAUUGGUAUGACAACAACAACAGAACCAUGCCAGCCAGUUGUUGCAAACCCGAUUUAAUUGAUCCUGAGACCGACGAUUGCAAAAAUGCCCCACCGCUUUUCAUGGAUCGUUAUUACCAGGAAGGGUGUAUGAUGAAAUUGAAGCAACACUUUGAUAAGAAUGCAGCGGUCAUCAUCGCUGUGGGUUUCGUAAUUGCCGCGUUCCAGUUAUUGGGCGUCAUUUUCUCGUGUUGGUUGUCGGCAGCAAUCAAACGGGAUAAACAUUAAAACCUACAGUUCAAAACAUUUUGUUCCUAGUUUAUCUAUGCAUUAAGCCACUAUUUUUAGGAUAACGCUCAAAUCACUUGUACGUAGUCAGUAUCUUGGCGACAAGUUUUCACGCUAUUGUUUCUUUUCACCGAUUGAGGAAUUCAUUGCUGUAGUUUUUCUCAUGGAAUUUUACUCACUUUUUGUUGGAAGUGGAACAACUCAUAUUUAUUAACAAAAUAUGAGUAACAUACUCGAGACAAAAAACGGCAAUACAAUUCGGUGAAAAGAAAAGUAAGCGAGUAGCAGUUGGCUUUCCACUACAUCUAAAGAUCUAACCUGUUGUAUGUCAAUAAAAAAAGAUUUAAUAUUCCCAUUUCAAUGAACUAUCACAAAGAGAUAAACUAUAUUAUGAUUCCGGAUUACAAAUUUA